AGAAAGCUCCAGAGAGAAAGCAAAGGGGGAAGGAAACCCUGAGCUGCAGGUGUUUUACACUGAGGUCGGGAGCGGCUGACACUCCAACCCCGGCACCUGCAGCCCCCAAGCCCUUCCAGGCCAGAUCACCACAGGGCUACGUCUGUCUGAACGCAGGCCGCAGCCCAGGCCCGGCACCCUGCCUACUUUACCAUCUCCCCACCCUCGAGAGAGCCACCACAGACAUGGCGGGGAUGAAGACGGCCACCGGGGACUACAUCGACUCGUCCUGGGAGCUGCGGGUCUUUGUGGGAGAGGAUGACCCGGAGGCUGAGUCGGUCACCCUCCGGGUCACAGGGGAGUCGCACAUCGGAGGGGUGCUCCUGAAGAUUGUGGAGGAGAUCAAGCGCAAGCAGGACUGGUCAGACCAUGCCAUUUGGUGGGAACAGAAAAGACAAUGGCUCCUGCAGACCCACUGGACGCUGGACAAGUACGGCAUCCUGGCCGAUGCUCGCCUCUUCUUCGGGCCCCAGCACCGGCCCAUCAUCCUACGGCUGCCCAAUCGCCGGGCCCUGCGCCUGCGAGCCAGCUUCUCCCAGCCCCUCUUCCAGGCUGUGGCUGCCAUCUGCCGCCUCCUCAGUAUCCGGCACCCUGAGGAGCUGUCCCUACUCCGGGCUCCUGAGAAGAAGGAGAAGAAGAAGAAGGAGAAGGAGCCAGAAGAGGAGUUGUAUGACUUGACCAAGGUCGUCCUGGCUGGAGGCGUGGCACCUGCAUUGUUCCGGGGAAUGCCAGCCCACUUCUCAGACAGUGCCCAGACCGAGGCCUGCUAUCACAUGCUGAGCCGGCCACAGCCACCGCCGGACCCCCUCUUGCUCCAGCGCCUGCCUCGGCCCAGCUCCCUGUUGGACAAGACUCAGCUCCACAGCAGGUGGCUGGACUCCUCACGGUGCCUCAUGCAGCAGGGGAUCAAGGCCGGGGACAUGCUCUGGCUGCGCUUUAAGUACUACAGCUUCUUCGACUUGGAUCCCAAGACAGACCCAGUGCGGCUGACCCAGCUAUAUGAGCAGGCUCGGUGGGACUUACUGUUGGAGGAGACCGACUGCACCGAGGAAGAGAUGAUGGUGUUCGCAGCCCUGCAGUACCACAUAAACAAGCUGUCCCAGAGUGGAGAGGUGGGUGAAACUGCUGGCAUGGACCUGGGGCUGGACGACCUGGAUGCCGCCCUGAACAACCUGGAGGUGAAGCUGGAAGGCUCGGCCUCCACAGAUGUGCUGAACAACCUCACCACCAUCCCAGAACUUAAGGACCAUCUCCGGAUCUUCCGGCCCCGGAAGCUGACCCUAAAGGGGUAUCGCCAACACUGGGUGGUGUUCAAGGAGACCACCCUGUCCUACUACAAGAGCCAGGAUGAGGCCCCAGGGGAUCCCAUUCAGCAGCUCAACCUCAAGGGCUGUGAGGUGGUCCCUGAUGUCAACGUCUCAGGCCAGAAGUUCUGCAUUAAACUCCUGGUGCCCUCCCCUGAGGGCAUGAGCGAAAUCUACCUGCGGUGCCAGGAUGAGAAGCAGUAUGCCCGCUGGAUGGCCGGCUGCCGACUGGCGUCUAAGGGUCGCACCAUGGCGGACAGCAGCUAUGCCAGCGAGGUGCAGGCCAUUCUGGCCUUCCUCAGCCUGCAGCGGACAGGUGGUGGGGGCUCAGGCAACCACCCCCAAGGCCCUGAUGCCUCUGCUGAGGGUCUCAACCCCUAUGGCCUUGUUGCACCCCGCUUCCAGCGAAAGUUCAAGGCCAAGCAGCUCACCCCACGGAUCCUGGAAGCCCACCAGAACGUGGCUCAGCUUUCGCUGUCUGAGGCCCAGCUGCGCUUCAUCCAGGCCUGGCAGUCCUUGCCUGACUUUGGCAUCUCCUACGUUGUGGUCAGGUUCAAGGGCAGCAAGAAGGAUGAGAUCCUGGGCAUCGCCAACAACAGGCUGAUCCGCAUUGACCUGGCUGUAGGCGAUGUGGUCAAGACCUGGCGCUUCAGCAAUAUGCGCCAGUGGAAUGUCAACUGGGACAUCCGACAGGUGGCCAUCGAGUUUGAUGAACAUAUCAACGUGGCUUUCAGCUGUGUGUCCGCCAGCUGCCGCAUUGUGCAUGAAUAUAUUGGGGGUUACAUUUUCCUGUCAACCCGAGAGCGGGCCCGUGGGGAAGAGCUGGACGAGGACCUCUUCCUGCAGCUCACAGGAGGCCAUGAGGCCUUCUGAGG